AAUCAAGUUAACGCGUGCGCGCUGCAUAAAAAAAAAGUGUAGCUUGUGACGCAACUUGGAGGUUGCUUUCUUUCAUUUUUCUUCACAUGGAUGAAACAACAAGACAACAAAUCAUGGCUCAUGUAGAAAGAAACAUGGCCAAUAUUCCCUUCAAGACUCUCCGUUAUGGUGAAAUUGAACCGACUCAAGAAGAAAAACUACAUCAGAUGCAACUUACACUCUUGGAUGAUCCUGCUCUCUUUCUCGGUAAAUGGGGACGACAUCUGUCUCAAACUACACUGAGGAUGUUCAAAGUGGUUGAGAAUAAUUAUGAAGUCGACUUUUACUUGAAUAGUUUGUUAUAUCAAGAGAGUCAAGAUGUGGAUAUGACACGGCCUGUUUCUCGAAAAUCGGCUAUGCAUCAAUUAGCUCAGAAUAGACGAUAUGAAUUCUUGCAGCGCGAAUUAAAGUAUUCCGAUUAUUUCUCGGACGAAUCGAUUCGGUUAAGGGAACCUGUGCUUUAUGAUCAAUAUGUGGGUCAACAUAUACCUGUACAAGAAAGAACAAAGCCAUUUGAGAAUAACAUGACAUUGGUCAAUCGAAUUUUUAGUAAUAUGGACCAGAAAUACGUUUAUGAUCAUUUGGAUCAACAAAAAAUAGUUGAUGAAGAACGAUUUGAAGAAGAAGAAGAAGAUAGUGAAGAUGAAAUUAUGGAGAAAUCAACACCAUUUGUCAUGACAAAGAAUAAAGGAAAACAGGUUACUACAAGUGAAGAACAAGAAGAAGAACAAGACAUUGAAGACAUGAUUGAAUUUCGAGAACAACAGCGCUUAGAAUUGAUUCGUUUAUUAGAAGAGAAAUUUCUGGCUGGCAAGGAUAAAGUAAGAUUUAUUUAUUUUAUAUUUGAUAUACUCAAAUUCUUUUAGGAUUUUGAUUACGAUCAAGUAGAUUAUAACGAAGAUUACGAUAAUCUUGUUCAACAAGAACAAGACAUCCAAGAUAGAUAUUUUG